UUUUAUUGGGACAAAUUUGGAAGUAACCAAAAAUAUUGUUCGCAAAUCGCAUUUAGUGAACACUUCAGCAUCCUCUCUGCUACUGCCCGUACACUAGUCAUACACUGCGAUCUCCAUCUUUAUCGAGCUUCAACAAAUCCAAUACACCAGAAUUUCAAGCUUAACAUUUAAUCAUUUCGAGAGGAAUGCUCUCUAGGUGUAAGGUAAUAUAGGCAAAUGGAAGAUACAAAGGAAAGUUCUUUGGGGUCACAGCUGAUGGAGAAGUUUGUGAAUUGUGAUUAUGUAGAGUUCUUGAAAAGACAAUGCCAUUAUGGUGUUGCUGGGACAGUGGCAAUUGCUGUGAUAAUACCUCUGUUGCUUUCAAUCUUAUGGAUGGGAAGGAGGAAGGUGAAGCAAAGAGGAAUUCCUGUGGAAGUAAGUGGUGAAGCCGGUUUGGCUAUGCGUAAUGGUAAAUUUAAGGAGCUGGUAGAGGUUCCUUGGGAUGGGGCCACUACUGUGGCAGCUUUAUUUGAGCAAGCAUGUAAGAAACAUGAAAACCAUCGGUUUCUUGGAACAAGAAAGCUGAUUGAUAAGGAAUUAAUUCAAGCUAGUGAUGGAAGGAAGUUUGAGAAGGUGCAUUUAGGUGAGUACCAAUGGGAAACAUACGGGCAAGUUUUUGAGCGUGCUUGUAAUUUUGCGUCAGGACUUAUUAAGAUAGGUCAUGAUAUUGAUACCCGUGUGGGUAUUUUCUCCGAAACACGAGCUGAGUGGUUUAUUGCUUUGCAGGGAUGCUUGCGACAGAAUAUUACGGUGGUCACUAUGUAUGCUUCUUUAGGCGAGGAUGCAUUAAUCCACUCCCUUAAUGAGACUCAAGUGUCGACUUUGAUAUGUGACUCAAAACAAUUCAAGAAGGCAGCUUCAAUAAUUUCAAAAUUGGAAACAGUUAAAAAUAUUAUCUACUUCGAGGAAGAUAGUGCUUUAAGUGAUUCUGGCAUCUAUGAUGAUAUGGAUGACUUGAAUGUAUCAUCUUUUCAUGAAGUUGAGAAAAUUGGGAAGGAUCAUCGUUUGAAUCCAAGACUACCUAAGAAGGAGGAUAUUGCUGUUGUCAUGUAUACAAGUGGCAGCACAGGAUUACCUAAGGGAGUUAUGAUGACUCAUGGAAACAUAGUAGCAACUGCUGCAGCUGUCAUGACUGUGGUGCCUGGUCUUGGAAGAGAUGAUGUAUACUUGGCAUAUUUGCCUCUUGCUCAUGUUUUGGAAUUGGAAGCCGAGACGGUGAUGUUGGCUUCAGGUGCUGCAAUUGGUUAUGGCACAACAUUGACAUUGACUGACACCUCAAACAAAAUAAAGAAAGGAACCAAAGGAGAUGUGUCCGUGUUACAGCCCACUCUCAUGGCAGCAGUUCCAGCUAUCAUAGACCGUGUUCGUGAUGGGGUUCUUAAAAAGGUUGAAGAGAAGGGGGGUUUUGUUAAAAAGCUUUUCAAUGUUGCUUAUAAACGUCGACUAGCUGCUGUAGAAGGGAGUUGGGUUGGUGCUUGGGGACUGGAGAAAUUUUUAUGGGAUGUAAUAGUUUUCCGAAAAAUUCAGUCUGUUCUCGGCGGGCGUAUUCGUUUUAUGCUGUGCGGUGGAGCCCCGUUAUCUGGAGAGUCACAGCGUUUUAUUAACAUUUGCAUGGGGGCACCAAUUGGACAAGGAUAUGGUUUAACAGAGACGUGUGCUGGCGCAGCUUUCUCUGAGUGGGAUGACAUUACUGUUGGACGUGUUGGUCCUCCUCUUCCAUGCUGCUACAUCAAGCUUGUUUCUUGGGAAGAAGGUGGAUAUACAACAUCAGACAAACCAAUGCCCAGAGGUGAGAUUGUAAUUGGUGGGCAGAGUGUAACAGUUGGCUACUUUCAAAAUGAAGAUAAAACCAAAGAAGAGUACAAGGUUGAUGAAAGAGGGAUGCGGUGGUUUUACACGGGUGACAUUGGGCGAUUUCACCCAGAUGGAUGCCUUGAAAUCAUUGAUAGAAAGAAAGAUAUUGUAAAGCUUCAACAUGGAGAAUAUAUCUCCCUUGGGAAGGCUGAGGCAGCCCUGAUUUCAAGCAACUAUGUGGAAAAUAUCAUGGUACAUGCAGAUCCAUUCCACAAUCAUUGUGUAGCGCUCGUUGUUCCUUCACAUUCAGAAUUGGAGAAGUGGGCUCAAGAAUCUGGCAUCCAGUACAAAAGUGUUUCUGAGCUUUGUGACAAACCUGAAGCAAUCAAGGAAGUCCAAGCAUCUCUGUCAAAGGUUGGAAAGGGUGCAAAGCUGGAUAAGUUUGAAAUUCCGGCAAAAAUAAAGUUGUUACCUGAUCCAUGGACACCGGAAUCAGGAUUAGUGACAGCCGCCCUUAAGUUGAAGAGGGAGCAACUUAAAACCAAGUUCAAGAAUGACCUCGAACAAUUAUACGCCUGAUGGAAAUGGGUAAUUAAUUUACUCAAUACAAAGUCUACAUUUUAGGCCAUGUUACUCUGGCUGGCCUAAAGUGUAAUCUAUCUAUGGCUCUAUGCUGAACGUUUUUGUGCUGAUAGAAGACUGCAUUGGUUACAGGGCCUUUCAAUUAUCUUUUUGCGUUGUAAGGUCCUAAAACAUUUCUUGUUGAGCCAAUUUUUUUUUUAUUUUUUUUUUUGUCUUUUUUUUUUGUGCGUGGGAAAGAAUGAGAUGACAUACUGCAUUGCUGAUGGGUACUUCAACUUUAAGUUGCACUGUCAGCUGAAUUUGAUUUGAUAGUUUGCUUCCAUUCCUGGAAUCUUUGUUUCACUAAUUAAUUGGAUGUGUUAAAAACAUUUAAAUGAAAGUUCCUGCACAAUCAGGAAAGAUAAGGUGGAAACGGGAACAGAAACCACUGAAGUUCAAAGUGUAACCAAAUAACUCUUUACUUGCUUAGGCCCUAUGCCUUUAGGCCGUAAUAAUAGCGUUAAGGCCGGUAGCCGUGAUGUGUUUUGAAUGAA